AUGAGUUUCUUCUUUGGGAAGAACAGAUUCCCGGUCAAUGGCAGGACGGUCCUCAUCACGGGCGGCUCGUCAGGCAUGGGCCGAAGCGUAGGUCGCCAGCUUGCGGAAAAAGGUGCCAAUGUAAUCAUCGUUGCAAGAGACGUUGCGAAGCUGCGUGAAGCCGUCUCAUACAUCCGCGAAGGAGCAGCUUCUCCAAAGACUCAACGAUUCUACUACAUAAGCGGCGACCUCACCACCGCCUCUGAGUCUGUGCGCAUAAUUUCCUCAGCUACAGCAUUCAACAAGGACGCUCCACCCGACAUCGUCUGGUGCUGUGCCGGCAGCUCCUAUCCGACUCUCUUCGUUGAUACCCCGGUCGCUGAGCUAAAGAACCAGAUGGACUCCAAUUACUUAUCAGCUGCCUAUAUGGCACACGCGACACUUCAGGCGUGGCUAAAAGCCCCUUCCGAAGCCAAAUCCUAUAGCUCUAGCCCUGGUAUUCUGCCAGAACGACAUCUCAUCUUCACCGCCUCUUUUCUCUCCUUUUUCACCAUCGCUGGUUACGGCCCGUACUCACCCAGCAAAGCUGCACUCCGCUCCCUCUCCGACACCCUCUCUCAAGAGAUGAACCUCUACGCUUCAGCUCUCCCUAAUAAACCCAAGGUACGCAUCCACACUAUCUUUCCCGCCACCAUUUUCACCGAGUCCUACGCCGCCGAAAACCGCGUCAAAUCCGACCUCACCAAAAAGCUCGAGGAAGGCGACCCGGGUCAGACCGCGGAUGAGGUGGCAAGGAGAAGUAUCGCAAGGUUGGAAAAAGGCGACGAGUUGGUGCCGACAACGUUCUUGACGAGGCUGGUUAUGACGAGCGUAUUGGGUGGAAGUAUCAGAAAUGGCUGGGCCGUGCUGGAUACGAUCUUGAGCUGGGUGAUGAGUUUGGUCAUGGUGUUUGUGAGGUGGGAUACUGAUGUUAAGGUCAGGAAGUGGGGCAGGGAACAUGGGGCGAGUGGGAUGAAGAUGCCACCUCGCUGA